CUUUUCAACAACGUGAAAUUUAUAAAUAAAACCAUAUCCACGACACAAAGAUGAAAAUAUCCGUUUGAUUGCAGCACAAUUAUUUUUGUAUUCUUGCGCAACAACCCUUUCAGGCAUCCAUCUUUUAUGCUGUAUAAAUUCAUAUCCUUGGGGAGAAGCAGGACUCGAGGCAAAGGAAAGGAAUCUAAACAAGUUUAGGUGGAGAAAUGGACGCUCAAGUCAACAACGCUCUGAGCAAAGCUCUCCUAGUUGUCAACUGUUUGAUUCUCGCCAUAGGCAACUGCGGUGGCCCGAUAAUCAUGCGUCUCUACUUCGUCAAAGGAGGCAAAAGAAUCUGGCUUUCAAGCUGGUUACAAACCGUAGGAUUUCCUAUUAUUGCCAUCCCACUACUCAUCUCCUAUUUCCACCGCCGCAAAACUGAAGGGCCAAACACCAAGCUAGUAUUGAUGAAAUAUCCUCUAUUCAUUGCCGCCGCCGCCAUCGGCCUCCUGACCGGCAUAGACGACUACUUGUACGCCUACGGAAUGGCUCGGCUCCCCGUUUCGACCUCUGCCAUCAUCAUUGCUUCACAGCUUGCUUUCACUGCUGUCUUUGCUUUCCUUCUUGUCAAGCAGAAGUUUACUGCAUAUUCAGUAAACGCCGUCGUUUUGCUGACCGUGGGAGCCGGGGUUCUGGCUAUGCACGCCAGCAGUGACCGGCCCAAGGGUGAGUCCACCAAGAUGUAUGUUUUGGGGUUCCUCAUGACGGUUGCAGCCGCGGUUUUGUACGGCUUCAUGUUGCCAGUGGUGGAGCUGAUGUAUCUCAAGGCAAAGCAGGCGAUUACUUACACUUUGGUGCUGGAAAUUCAGCUGGUCAUGUGUCUUUUUGCCACUGUUUUCUGCACCGUUGGAAUGGUCGCAAAUAAGGAUUUUCAGGCAAUGGCAAGGGAGGCAAGGGCAUAUGCACUAGGAGAAGCUGAAUACUACCUUGUCGUAACUUGGAGUGCCAUAAUUUGGCAGUUCUUCUUCUUGGGCGCAAUUGGAGUCAUCUUCUGUGCUUCAUCUUUGCUCUCCGCCAUUCUGAUAGCCGUUUUGCUCCCAGUCACCGAAGUUAUAGCAGUUAUUGUCUUUCAAGAGAAAUUUCAAGCAGAAAAGGGAGUUGCUCUUUUCCUCUCUCUUUGGGGAUUUGUUUCAUACUUUUAUGGCGAAAUUAAGAAUAAAAAGUCCAAGGAGGAGAUAGAGGGUCAGAAAAAUGAUUCUCAAUCGACAGAGAUGACUCCAAUUCAGUGACGGAGAUACAACGGAGGCAAUUGUCCCCACUAAUCCCCCAUCAAAAUAUAUGAUUUACAUAUAUGAAUACAUAGCUUUGCCCCCAUAAUUACAUAAUAUUGCCCUCACCACUCUUUAAUAAGAUAUUUAGUUUAUUUUCCUUAGAAGUAUCUAGUUAAUAUUAUUUUUUGUUUAUCACUUUGUCUGUACCAAGUAGAUUGAUUAAAAAUAAUAGACAAUCCAUGUCACUUCUCAUAGCUAAAUGGAAA